CCCAUGAAAAUAAUUUAAGAAUAUAGGUAAAAAUCUUUUAGAGCUGCAAUAAAAGUAUUUGAUUUUUUUAAAGAAUUGCACUCUUCUAACGGCAUAAUUCAGUUGCUACUUCUGAAACCAAGAAAAAUACACUCUGCACAAUAUAAGUAAUUAAAAUUAUUAUAAUGUUUGAAUCAGAUGAUUUCGAUGAGGUACUAUCACAAUUUGAUAUUCCGGAAACUAUUCCGCAAAAAAAAGCACAAAUGAAUGUCGAAGAACAAGCAGAAAAUUGUAUAUUAAACAAAAACUUUAAAUCCCCACCGAAAAAAAGAUUAUGCAAAUUAACAGAAAGCGAUAACACGAAAUCAAUAUCUCAGCAGCAUACAUGCAAUGCAUCAACAGUGUCCACCAAUGAGGCAUUCUCGAAACAUUCAAAAAGAAAAAUUAUAAAGUCACAUUUUGAUCAAAGUAGAAAACGAAAGUUUCCAGGACCAGCAGGAUUACUAAGUAAAACUUUAGAAGAAACUAAGAACGAAAGUAUUUGUCACUUGGAACUAUUAUCACAGGAUAUUGAUUUCACUCAAAAUAAUUUGAGAAGAGAUUUAUUUGAUUCUCCACUGUGGAAGAGACUGAAUGAUGAUCAAAUGAAGUGCAAUCUUAACAAUAUAGACACAAUUAAUGUAAUAAAACAACAAGCUCAUACUGGUAAUUUAAGAAGAGGAAAAGCACAAGUAGUUGCAGCAUUUAUUGAAGGUGUAGAUAGAUCAGUGACUGACCCAUUAAUAAUUCUUAGAGAUAGAACUGGAUCAAUAAAGUGUACAUUGCAUAGGGAUGCAUGGUCUACGUUUUCCCCAUAUAUUGUUUCAGAAUAUUGCAUAUUGGUAUUGCAUCAACCAACAGUACUCACAACAGGGAGUGCUUUUAAAAAGCAUUAUCUGAACAUUACUUUGAGUAAUAUCAAUGCUGUAUACAGCUCAGUUAUUUUGAAAGAUAAUUCACAAAACCUGCCUGAUGGAUAUAGUAUAGUUUAUAAUGAAGAUUUCACUGUGAUAAAAAGUGUACAAAAACAAAAUGGUCUGUCUUUUGAUUCCUGCACAGAUUCUAAGAAUGACCUUGAAUUUUUGGAUGAUUUAGAUACUAUAUUUUCAGAUGAAUUAUUUUAAAUAAACUUUUCUUUUCUAACAACAA